UCCUGUGAAAACUUCAAUAUCUUAGCUUCAGUUCUCUUCUAAGUCUAAUCUUUCGCCGCUCUCAUCAAACGAAAGCCAUGGCUCGCCGAAGCUCCGGAGGAAGGCCUGCCCCUAGGGCUGCUCCUCGUCCUGCAGCUAUGCGUAAUCCCCCUCAACCGGCAAGCCGUGCUCCUCCUCCAGCUCCUGCUCAGAGUGGCAGUGGUGGAUCCAUGCUAGGAGGUCUUGGUGCCACCAUAGCUCAGGGUAUGGCUUUUGGCACUGGUAGUGCAGUUGCGCACAGAGCUGUUGAUGCUGUUCUUGGCCCACGCACUGUUCAACAUGAAACUGUUGCAUCGGAGGCUACUGCUGCCCCAGCACCAACCAUGAACGGUGUUGGUUCAGAUGCAUGCAAUAUUCACUCCAAGGCUUUCCAAGAUUGCUUGAACAACUUUGGGAGUGACAUCAGUAAAUGCCAGUUCUACUUGGAUAUGUUGUCCGACUGCAGGAGGAAUUCUGGUUCAAUGAUGGGUGCCUAAGUGCUACUCCCUACCUUCUCAUUCCAUGAGACUCUGUUUCUCAGUUGAUUCCUGUUAAUUUGAACUAUCAUAUCCAUUUGUCAUGUGUGCUUGGGGAACAGUUACUUCAUCCCUUUCCCUCUAAUAAUAUCUGUAGCCAGCUAUAGAAACAUUGCUUUUUGACUACAACCAUUUUAUGGUGGAACUUUCUUA